GCGAAAAUUAUUUAAUGAUGAACAAGAAACUCUCGCCGGAAGAUGCAUUCUACGAAAACUUGACGCUGGGCCUCAUAAAGACGCUCUCGACCGUGCCGCGGGUCUGCAAUGUGAGCCUGGAGCGACGACAGCCACUGACCGCCUGCCAGGUGGUGAACUGGGAGCAGAGGCACUGCGUCUACCUGCCGGAAGACAUGAAGAAGUUCUACCUGUCCACCGACGGAUUCGUGCUUAACUGGAGCUAUCAGUACGCGCCCAAUGACAUUCGCCGCGUGGGACACAUCUAUUUCCCGCACCUGCUGCAGGUGACCCUUCUGCGGGAGAACAUCGAGACGACGCACUCAAGCAGUGGCGUUGCUCAUCCGCCGGCUCAGGACCUCUCGGCAACUGGCUCCAGUUCGGCGGCCAAUCUUCUGCCCCUGGCAAUGCCGAAUGCUUCCAGUGGCACGGGCAAAGACAAGUGGGGAAACGCGACGCCAACCAUAACGGCCAAGUCCAAGAUAUUCGAGAUCAACAACAUCAACGAGAUGGCGAAGGUGUGCAUGUUGUACGAGUCGACGAGCUCGAACAAUCCCAAGUUCUAUUUGCUGGAGCUGAACACCCUGAGCUGGCAGUUUCUGGCAGAGACCUUCAGCGAGUACCUGCGGAUGUCCAUCGCCCACCUGGGACUGCCCUACUGGGAGCUGUGCUUCUCCAGCUUCGGCCUGCCCUCGUGGACCGAGCAGCUUUUCCUCCUGCUAGCCCCCCACCUGCUCGAGGAGCACGAGGUGAGGCGCGGCCGCAUCCUCAAUCCGGCCUGCGAGCACCCGUACAACAUCAUCGAUCCGAACAUAUUCCGGGGCAAGCCCAAGAGCGUGGCCAAGACGGCGGCGGCCAGCAAUGCCAAGCAGAGUAAUAAGUGAAUCCGGAUUCGUGUAGAAAAGUAAAGGUUUAUUGGCGAAGAAAAAGCACAAGACGGCAACGAAACAUAAAUGCUACAACAGAAAUCUCCAGACGACGGCCCCACAGAUCAUCUCUGAAGUUAGUUUGAGUGGAUGAGGAUGGGGAUGGGGUACUUAGG